CGGUCCCUUUAUUCGUCUCUCAACACUCGGAAGAUUCGGAAGUCGCGGCAUUUAAAGCGGAGAACCAGAGUCCAAUAAGACAGACAACUUGCAACAAAAAUACCCGGCAUUUUGAAACGCGUUUAUCAACUGGUUUUUCAAAGCUAAAAAGGACUCAAGGCCACGCCCCCGCCAAAAAGUUUACGUGUAACAGUGUGUGUUUUCCUGGCGCAUCGCUCUAUUUGUGUGUGUAUCCCGACGUCUCUUUUGCAGUCCUUUUGCGUGGGUGUGCCAAAAAGGAGAAGAGGGAGAGAAAGAGAACAGUGAAAUUCCAGCACAUCAAAGCGAGUCAAUAAAGGCCGAAAACAUGUCCGUUUCCUCGAACGCCUCGUCCGCCUCCAACAAGGACAGCGUGGACAGCCCCAGCAGCACCACCAACACGGACAGCUCCGAGCUGACGCACAUCCUCAACCGGCGGCAGGAGAUCAUGGACUCCCAGGAGGCGGGCAUCGAGGUCCGCCGCACCUACAAGGUGGUCAACGUCUACACCGACUUCCCCGAGUUCUCGCGGAACCAGAUCAAGGACUACCAGAAGACCUUCAAUACAUACGAUACGGCUCGCGAUGGCUUCUUGGAUCUGCAAGAGCUCAAGUUCAUGAUGGAGAAGCUGGGUGCACCGCAGACCCAUCUGGGACUCAAGCAGAUGAUUGCCGAGGUGGACGAGGACAACGAUGGCAAGAUCUCCUUCCGGGAGUUCCUGCUGAUCUUCAGGAAGGCCCAAGCCGGAGAACUGGACUCUGAGUCGGGGCUGAAUCAGCUGGCCCGCCUCACCGAGGUCGAUGUGGAGCAGGUGGGCGUGAGCGGAGCCAAGAAUUUCUUCGAGGCGAAAAUCGAGCAGCAGCUGCGGACGAACAAGUUCCACGAUGAGAUCCGGGCAGAGCAGGAGGAGCGCCGGCGCGAGGAGGAGGAGCGAGCCCAGCGACGCCAGCAGUUCCAGCAGCGGGCAGCGAUCUUCCAGUAGAGGAUCCAUGCACUCCCACGUAGUCUAGCGCGUAAUUAUCUGGCGUAGGUUAAUCGAAUGUGGAACUAAUCCCGGGAGAAGAGGAUACGCUUCGUACAAGCAGCAGGCAUUUUUCAAGCAUCACAUACAGUAAUAUUAUCCAUACUAAUCAAUCGUCCCGAAUAUAAUCUCGAUUUGCUGGAUGAAACAUCUUAGGAAUUGAAUGUUA